AUGGAUUCAAGCACAACACACAAUCCCGUGUUUCUGGUAUUUCCUCCAGAGAUCCCAGUUCCUGAAUUUCAGUCAACAAACGUUUCAGCCAGGGCCUAUGAAACUCAAAGUCCCUGUCAAAAGUUACUUGCUACAAAAAUGAAAAUUUUGGGAACUACCCAGAUCCUGUUGGGAAUUAUGAACUUUUCUUUUGGAGUUAUCUUCCUUUUCACCUUGAUAAGACCAUACCCAAGGUUUCCCUUUAUAUUUAUUUCAGGAUAUCCAUUCUGGAGCUCUGUUUUGUUCAUUAAUUCUGGAGCCUUCCUAAUUGCGAUAAAAAGAAAAACCACAGAAACUCUGGUGGCAGUGAGCCGAGUAAUGAAUUCACUUAGCGCCCUGGGAGCAAUAACUGGAAUCACUCUCCUUGCAUUUGGUUACACUCUAGAUAAAGACUACAUUUGUGGCUAUUCCUCAGAUGUCAUUCAGUGCGAUGCUAUUACCAUCCUAUUCAUUGGAAUUUUGAUUAUGUUGACGGUCUUCAGCGUUAUUGAAUUACUCAUUUCUCUGUCUUUCUCAGUCUUUGGAUCCCACUCAGAUGACUGUAAUUGUGAGGAAUGGGGCGAAUAG